UUUCUGUGUGUACAUAUUAUGAACAUCGUACAUGUGUAUGAUAUACGCUGUGGAGAAUUUCAUGGCCGUAUCGGUCGCGUUGCAUCAGCGAGUGCAAUGUUCAUCUAUUUUCGGGCAUUUUGCAGUGGCGAAUAUCGUCCUACCGACCAGUGAUUUUCUGUCGGUAAAAUGGCCGAGCCGGAGCAGAGAAAUAAAGAGAAUUGUACCGGAGGAACGAAGGAAACGAUGGUAAAGCAAGAAAAGCGUGAGAACACGUUGACGAAUGGCGGGAAGGGAUCGGGCGAUGACGCGGACAGCCUCGAGGAAUUGCCUCUCGAUAUAGGAGAGCACUACCUCGUCCGUAGAUCCGACGAUUCCUGGCAUCCCGCAGAGAUUAUACAAACUCGUUACAAUGAAAGUGAAAGUCACUAUGAAUAUUAUGUACAUUACGAAGGACACAACAGAAGACUGGAUGAAUGGGUACAGAGGGAUAGAAUCAUGUCCAGCAGAUUUGACAUGAGUGACAGAAGCUGGAAAAGUGGUGACAGGAAUUCUACCACUGAUUUAUUGGCAGAUUCUUCGGAUCGUAAGAUCACAAGAAAUCAGAAAAGAAGGCACGAUGAAAUUAACCAUAUUCAGAAGACAUACGCGGAAAUGGACCCUACAACGGCGGCUUUAGAGAAAGAACACGAAGCGAUUACAAAAGUUAAAUAUAUCGAUAAAAUUCAAAUUGGAAAGUAUGAGAUUGAUACUUGGUACUUUAGUCCGUAUCCAGAAGAAUAUGGUAAACAGCCUAAACUAUGGAUCUGCGAAUACUGUUUAAAGUAUAUGCGUUUGGAAAAAACUUAUAGGUAUCAUAUGAGUGAAUGUACUCAUAGACAACCGGUUGGAAAAGAAAUCUACCGAAAAGGUACAUUAAGCAUUUGGGAAGUCGACGGCAGAGAACACAAGAUUUAUUGUCAAAAUCUAUGUCUGUUGGCAAAAUUGUUCUUGGACCAUAAGACUCUGUAUUUCGAUGUAGAACCAUUUCUUUUCUAUAUUCUGUGCGAAGUUGACAAACAUGGAGCUCACUUGGUUGGAUACUUCUCUAAGGAAAAAGAAUCGCCCGAUGGAAACAAUGUUGCAUGCAUUCUCACUUUACCACCAUUCCAGAGACAAGGAUAUGGAAAACUUUUGAUCGCUUUCAGUUACGAAUUAAGCAGAUUAGAACAGACUGUUGGAAGUCCUGAAAAACCAUUGAGUGACUUAGGGAAGCUAUCUUACAGAAGUUAUUGGAGUUGGAUCCUUUUGGAAAUCCUUAGAGAUUUUCGCGGCACUCUCAGCAUUAAAGAUUUGAGCCAGAUGACGAGUAUUUCACAAACAGACAUCAUAUCAACCCUUCAGAGCAUGAAUAUGGUGAAGUAUUGGAAGGGACAACACGUGAUUUGCGUAACGCCGAAGUUAGUCGAGGAACAUAUUAAAAGUAGCCAGUAUAAGAGACCAAGGCUGACAGUGGAUAGCAGUGCUCUUCGAUGGGGCGCACCACCUAGGAAGAACGUGAAGCCUGGCAAGAAGUAGCGAGAAAUGAAUGGAAUUCGAUGGUCUUCGUCACCAUGAGAUAUACGAUUUAAACGAUUCACGUUUAACAAACAUUUGACAUGCAGUUGUACACGAUAGUUUGCAAAGAUGUUCUCGAGUUUGUUAAACAUCAUCUCCUCAAUGUAUUACCAUUGAGUAUACAAUGCAUGUGCGAAUCUUGGUGUCUACUUGGAAAGAUAGCACCAGGUAACCGUGUCGAGCUGGCAUCGUCAUAGGGAGUGUAGAGACGACGAAUGACAUUUUAAAGAGUUCCCUUAUAGUUCUGCUUUUUGUUGUAGCAGCAUAUUAUGAGAGAAACAUGAGACGACACCGUGAAAUACCAUGUAUUUGUUUGGCAAAGAAAGGAACCACCUUUCAUUAAUGUUUCAGAGAAAUACAGACGCAUUGUAUUACACGUGAGACUUAACAUCAAUAAUACCACGCAGUAUUAGCGCAUAUUAACGAUUUUCUUCUGUAAACUCGUUAAUAAUAAACCGCAUAUAUUCAUGAA